AUGAGCACUGUGGACGCCGAAACGGCAGCGCAAGCCAAAAUGCGACGAGAGGCAAAUGCGAAUCUCGGCCCGUGGCGAAAUGUCCUGCUGGCACUAUCAAAGGAGUUGCCCCUUCACUAUAGUACGAUGCCGGUAGAAGGAGUUUUGGCCUGUUUGCGAGAGAAGAAGGAUCCACGCGUGAUAACAAUGCUGGAUACACUAAAACAAGAAUUAGGAGAUGGAGUGUGUGAUACAAAUGAAGAAGAAGCAGAAAAAUGGAAAAAUAAAGGAAUGGAAGCUUAUAAAAAUGGAAAAUUAGAAGAAAGUGUACUUAUGUUUACUCGUGGAAUGAUGUAUGCUAAAGAGGAUGUAACGUUAGAAAUGCUUAUUUAUAAUCGAAGUACAAGUUUCUUUGCACAACAACGUAUAUUGGAAGCACUUAUAGAUGCUCAUACUGUUAUGAUAAUGAGAUCCAAUAAUUGGGAAGCUCUACAACAACGUGGAAUGUGUUUAAAAAAAUUAGGAUUUGAAGAAGAAGGUACAAAAGAUAUGGAAGCUGCAGCUAAUAAAGAUAUAGAAUCUGCAAAUGGUAAAGAAGUUUUGGCCAAAAUUCUUCAAUCUGAUACUCUUAUUGAUAGUAAUGGUAAAAAUAUUCAUGAUGGUAGUUUAUUAUUUAUACCUGGGGAAACUAAUACUAGUAUUCCUAUUUCCAUUGAAAGUAUUUCUGGAGUAAAUGAAAAAGGUGUAGUAUCGAAAACGCGUAUAGAGAGUGGUGAAAUUCUGCGAGAAACACCCAUUGCACAUGCUUUAUAUGAUGAUCACUGGGGAAUUAGAUGUUGUUAUUGUUUUCGAGUCACUCGAGUUUUAUAUCCAGGAAUAACGUAUAGAAAAAGAGGAAAAAUAUCACGAGGAUUAUUUUGUAGUGAAUCUUGUGCAAAUACUAGUUGGGAACGAUAUGGACAAUAUGAAACACAUAAUCCAUUUUUUCAAAUAUGUCCUAUAGAUGCGUUAUUGGCAUCUCGUAUGCUUCGUAUGGAAAAUAAAAAAAAUGUUGAUAUUCAUUCUCUUCGUGGAGAUUUUUCAGGAGAACUUCAACCCGCUGCUGUGAUUGGAGGAUUUGAAACGGUAGUGAGUCUCAUUGGAUUAGUAUUAGGAGCACUAACUCCAGAAGAAGCGAAUCGUCUUCGUUUGACUCAACGUCAAGUUAUUCUUUCUGGAUUGGAUGUAAGAUUUUUUACAGGUUCUCAAAUUACAAUAAAUACAGAAACGGGUGAAGCUUUCAUGGAUGAUUCUAAACCUAUAUUAGUAGGAAAAGGUAUUUAUAUAAUGACAAGUCAUUUUCGUCAUUCUUGUGAUCCCAAUUGUUUUUUAUCUUUUGUUGGAAAUCCAUUGGAUUGUUCCUUAUCUCUUACUAUUCGUGCCAUUAAAUCUAUUGGAAAUGGAGAAGAAUUAACAAUUGCUUAUCAUAAUAUGACAACUUAUAAAGCCGUGAGUGCACUAACACGUCAACGUGCUCUUGUGGAAAGAUGUGGUUUUAUUUGUCAUUGUUCUGCUUGUAUGGAUAAUAAAGAUGAACGUGUUUCUUUAGAAAAAAAAGAAUAUUAUAUUAAAGCUGCGGAUUUAUAUCAAAAAGGUUGUCGUUUAAUACGUGAAGGUCAAUAUGAAGUUGCGGCUACAGUUCUUUCACAGAGUUACAACAUCGCCAUGGAACAUUUAUGUCCACCACCAAGACCUCCACAAUCUAUGAUUCCAAAAACACAUAUGGCUCUUGCAAAGGCAUUUAAUCAUUUAAAAAAUAAUGUAAAAUGUGCAGAACAUCUUGAGGCUAAAGUGGAAGCAGAAAAAACUCUUUAUGGGGAAAAUCAUGUGGAGUUUAUUGAUGAUUUUAUUCGUUUGGCAUUUUUUGAGCCUACAGAAGAAAAGAGAAGAAUGUAUGCAGAAAAAGGAGUAGAGUUAUUACAACGUUUUUACGCACCUUCAAAAGAAAUGAAUACUGUAAUAACUCGUAUACAGUCGUUUGUAGUGCGAAAACAUUGUUGA